AUGCGCCAGAUAAGAAGAAUCGAAAAGAGGAAGAGGAGAGAGGAGCGAAGGCGCUUAGAAGAGGAGCUUGGUCCCGACGCGCCGCCCAAGGGCGUCCCGCGAACGCUUGAGAACAUGCGCGCGUUUGACGAGACGUACGUGAUGGGCGCAGACAAGGAGGUCGAAGACGAGGAGAUGAUGGACGAGUUUUCGGACCACUAUCUUGGAAGAACGUCGCCCAAAAUUUUCAUCACGACGUCGCUGAAGUACACGAAGCUCUGUCGAGAGUUUGUACGUCACUUGGCACUGUUGUUUCCAAACGCGCAGGUUUACCCAAGAAAGAAGUACAGCGUUGGCGUUUUGAUAGACUACGCGAUUCGAAACGGAUUCACGGACCUGUUGGUCGUUAACGAGGACCACAAGCAGCUCAACGGAAUGAUUCACUGUCACUUGCCCGGCGGGCCGACCGCCAUAUUCAGACUGUCGAGCGUGAAAAUGCUGAAGGAGAUAGGCAAGGUGAAGUUGCACUCUCCCGAACUGAUUUUGAACAACUUUACGACUCGACUCGGACGAACGAUAGGUCGGAUGCUGGGCGCGCUGGUGCCGCUAACUCCGGAAUUCGAGGGUCGGAGAGUGAUAACAAUACACAACCAAAGAGACUACAUAUUUUUCAGACACCACAUUUACGAGUUCGAGGGUCCGGCCGCGGCGAAUUUGCGGGAGCUGGGCCCCAGCUUCACGCUGAAGCUGAAGUCGCUGCAGAGCGGGUUGUUCGACAAGAAGCACGGAGAGUAUCUGUUUCAGCACAAGCGAGAGAAUCAACCAUAUUCGAGAAAAAAAUUUGUACUGUAA